AUUAAGCAACACUUGCAGCCAUCAUCAUUACGAUUGCUCGUAAUAUCUCUUGCCUCUUUAAAUCUCCAAUAAUCACAUUUCAUCAAUCACUACAAGAUACAUCAGACUUGAUGAACGACAUCUUUCGGCAAGAUGGAAUUUUCGCAAGAUGAAAGCGAAGAAGUAAGCAAGCUCAAAAAACAACUCGUUGAGGAACGAAUGCAUUCAUCGCAAUUACAACAUACACAAGUCAAGCUUAUAGAAGAAAACAAAAAUCUCAAAGACAAUUUGAAACAUUUUCAAUCUUCUUUCGAUGAAAAUGCAGCCAAAUUGGAUCGAGCAGAAAGAAAUCAAGAGUCAAUUCGAGAUGAACGUGAUCGAUUCAAAUUGAACAGUGAUAAUUUAGAGCAAGCUUUAUCGAAAGCCAAAAAUCAAUUAUCACAAAAGAACAAAUUCGAUCGAUUGGAAGAUGAUGUAAGAGUAGAUGUCAUGAGCAGACCCGAAAAGGAACUCAUUCAAGAGAUUGAUCAAUUGAAAGAAAAGUGCAAGGCGCUCGAAAUACGAUUGAAUGAUGUACAAGUGAUGGCAGAUGCGGGACCCUCUUCUAUUGGGUCAGACGCAAAGUAUGCAUCCGCCAAACUACUCUCAUUGGAAAAUGAAAAUACGACACUCAAGGCUGAUAACCAAAGAUUACGUCAGGGCAGCACAAUGAUAAUCUCCGAUUCAAAUCCAAGCAAUUUUGCAAGUGAAGAACAACACUCGCGCGAAUUGAUCACUAAACUGAAUCAACAAAUCGCAGCUGCCAAAGAGAGAUCUUUACGAUUUGAACGUGAAGCCCUGAUUGCCUCCAAUGAGCGUUUGGCAAGCGAAAAACGAACAAAGCAUGUGAUCCAAUCACUAGAAACUGCGCGCGAUGAUUUGAAGGAUGAGGUGAAGCUACGUGAGGCUCACAUCAACGAACUGGAGAAACAAUUGCAAGGCAUUCAUACUUUGUUGGACAAGGAAAUUGACUCGCCUUUCAACGAGAUAGAGGGAAGGAUACGUAAUUUGAUUCAAGAUGGCAAAGAUGUAACAUCUAUACGUACAAUCUUGAUGAAAUGGCGAAGCGAUGACAUACGUGUAGCAAAUAAAGCAGAGUUGCCAAAGUCAGUCAGCGAUCUAGCAGCCCAAAUCGUGAAAGCGUACUUAGAGCUGGACAUCGCUUAUCAAACAAUGAAGAAAGCUGCAGAAACGAAUUCGCUCCUUGUCGAAGACCUACAGAAAGAACUGCAAAAAUCAUCACAAGCUUCUAAAGCGCUCAAAAAGCGCGAGAAAGAGAUGGUGAAAGCCAAGGGAAGAUUGAAAAUGUUGUCCGGAUCCCUGCAAAAAGCUCUGCCUUUGGCUGCUGGCUUGCAAUCCGUUGUGGGUGAUGCUAGCAUAAGUGGAGCAGGAGGUGUAUCAUUUUCAGCGAUCGGUGAUGAAACAAUCGCUGGAGGAAAUGAAAGUACGUUAGGCGGCUUACGUGGAUUUGAAGCAGAUUUAGUAGAUGAGAUGGAACAAUUGAUCACGUAUGUGGAAGAUUUGGAUAACCGAUUGGAGUUUCAAAGAGUUGAACAAGAGAUUAGAGAGAUGAGUGCAAUAAGCGAGCGAGACAGAUUGAAGAAUGAACUUUCAGUCUUGGAACGAGAGUAUCUGGAAGUCAAAACGUCAUUACAAGAUGCAAAUCAUGGCCAUCAAGUUGAAGUACAUCAAUUGCAGGAAGAGAAGCGAAUAGCAAUAGAACAGGCCGAGGAUGCUUAUUCAGUAGCGAAACAGCAAGAGGAAUCUUGCACUCAAAUGGAGAAGAAGCUUGCUCAUCAUGAGCUACUUGCCAAUCAGGAUAUAGAGAAUCUGCUUCAACUUUUGGACAGAUACCAACAAGUACUUCAGGAUGAAGGCUUGAGAUGGCAAACCAUGUCAAAAGUUCAAUCGAUCGAUAUGACCCAAUUUGCUGCUGAUCUCAUCAAGAGAAGUGCAGAUUGGGAUUCUUCGCAAAGGGCAGUAAUUGACAUGGAGCGUGAAAAAGCUCGUCAACUGGAAGCUACGUUGUCCGAUCAACAAGAGAGAUACGAAGUAGAGAAACAAAGACAUGAGACUAAGAGUCAAGCUUUGAUCAUCUCGAUGAAAGAAGAAUUGGAGUAUUGUAGAGCUCAAAUUGAGGAAAGAGCACAAAAGGAGGAAGAGCAGGCAAAGAUCGUUGCACAAAAUGCGUUGCUGCUCGCGGAAUUACGAGAAGAAAUUGCAAAAGAACGUACAAAGGCUGAAUCACUUCAACGAGAUUGGACAGCCUUCGAAGCUCAAUUAUUGGAAGACAAUGCAGUCAAAGAUCGAAAACUUGAGGAAGCGCAAACUGAAAUCAAUACACUUACAAAUCGCGAAAAUGACACUUCAAGCACAGCAAAGGAGAAAGAGAUGACUGAAGCCUUAUCUAUUGCACAAAGCACGAUUGAACAUUUAGAGCAUGAAUUGGCAAUCAAAGCGCAAGAGUGUGAAGAUGCAGACGACAAAGAGAUUGCACUACGCAAAGAUAAUAAGCGUUUGCUAUCACGGAUUGCUACAAUGCAAGCUCGCCUUGAAAAGUUACAACAACCCCAGUUCCAGCAAAAUAAAGCACUGGAUACAGUGCCUUCCAGUGUUCCACCUUCAAGUAGCUCAGGCAGUCUGAAGCAAUCUCAUCCGACCAAAUUGUCGAAAGAUCAACCUGUCACACGAAAGCGACGUAACUCGGACAUGGAAGAAAAGCAGGUCAAUGGCGAGAAAACAUUGAGUGGGAACACAGAAGAACUGCCUUCCUCAAAAGUGGAUCGCGCAUACGUCUACGCUCCCGGUCCAACGUCAAUGACACUCAAUGCAAGUCAGCGAAACGCUCGAGAUCGUUUUAGUCCCGCUUUCAGUGCUGGUCAGCACCAUAACCAUGCUAUCGGGAAGAACGCUGGUGCUACUCCAAUUGAUGAGAUAAGCUUUAAGCAGAAGGGUAUUCCUUCAGAAGAUAGUACGAUCAAUCCUCCUUCUUCUGCAGCCGGAUCAGAUGCCUUGAAUCGGUCACAAGGUCGGUCCGGCGGAUCAUCAAAGCCAAGUGAUUUGGUGGCCUUGCGGUUGCAGCAAAAGAUAGCCAGUCAACCUAGUACCACUUCCGUUCUCAACACAAGCACACAAAGUCUCAAUCCAGCCCGAAUCAAAGAUCGAACCAACAAACCUCGUGAAAAUGUAAAUGUCAAAGCAAACUUUAAUUCUUCACAAAAAGACACUAUCCAAAUACAAAAAGCUUCGAACGAUAACGAUUUUAUGACAAAGUUGAAUCGAUAUCGAACACCAUCUAAUGGAUUCUCAGGAACUACGUCAACUACAAUGCAAGAUCAUUCUCGUCCACCUUUGAGAGGGUAAUCGUGCACUUUCUCUCUUUUUGACAACAUCUGUACAAUAGCACGACUGCAUCAUUCAUACUCCUUUGGACCUGUUUUAUAGUAAAUCAAUUAUCAAUGUAAUCUACACCUGCAAUUGUCGUACGAAUGAGAGAGAGGAAGAGGAACAGAUCACGACAAAUCUUAAUGAUUACCCAAUCGUAAGUAAGAAAGACUGAUGAUCACUCAUCUCGUACAUAAUUUCCUGGGAAAACGCCUUGUACGCCAUUCAACCUUCCUGUCCACCAAUCUUCAGUGCUUGCGGUCUUUUCCACAACUUCGAUACGAUCUCCUGCAU